ACCAAAUACUUGGAAAUAUGGCUUCUACCUCCACAAUGUCAUUGGUCACACCGCUUAACCAGACCCACUCAUCGACUUUCUUCAACCCAUUACCUCUGAAACCAUCCAAAGCGAUGGCUGCACCUAGAGGCAGAACACAGAGGCUCCAAGUUAGAGCUUCUAAGCUCAAGUUCGACAAAGCUGUAACUGGACUCUCAGCGGCUGCUCUCACCGCCUCGAUGGUGAUCCCGGAGGUUGCUGAAGCCGCCAGUCCUGGAAUAUCUCCUUCUCUCAAGAAUUUCUUGCUCAGUUUUGCUUCGGGUGGCGUCGUUCUCACUGUCAUCAUUGGUGCCGUUUAGUGUCGUCGUUGGUGUCUCCAACUUUGACCCUAUCAAGAGAACCUAAAAAGCUAAUAUAUGUUUUAGUGAAAACUCCUCAGACUAGCCUUUAAGGUUGACAAAAUGACAAACCUAGCUUAACAUAUUGAUCGCCUUCCUAGACUAACCUUAUAAAGUUGGUCUUAUACCAUUUUGUCCAAAUAGUGAAUAUUAUUA